AAUAAAUACAUUUAAAAAAAUCACCGUUUAAAAUAUCAAUUUCUGUAGGCAACCCCAGAAUUUGAAUCAUUUCCUGAAAAAUUACUUCUGUUUUUGUCAUGCUGGACCAUUUUUUUUUUUUUUUUUUAAACAAGACUUCAAGUUUCCUGCUAGCAGUUUAGAGAUUGGGCUGUUUCCUCACUGACGCCUGUCUCCUCACGCCUCUGUAAUUUUACUCUUUCAACUGAAUCUCACUCUUUCAACUGCAUGUGAAAGAUAUUCGAUGAAGAUGACUGACAAUGUCGUUUAUUCUGUAUUAGAGUUUUCUAUGGCACCUCAAGCCCAAAAUGACCACAGGCUGCAGCCGAAAGCUUCUUCAAGAUCCUCUCUCUCUUGCUAUGUGGCAGUAGCUUUGGGGCUUCUGGGUGUCAUUCUAGCAAGUUUGCUGCUCUUCCAGUGGAUUCUGUGCCAGGGUUCCACGGUCUCCACGUGUGCCAGCUGUCCUAGCUGCCCCGACCUCUGGAUGGGGCACGGUGACUACUGUUACUACUUCUCAGUGGAGAAAAAGGACUGGAAUUAGCUGGAAUUCUGCUUGGCCAAAGAUGCACAUCUCUUUAUGUUUAGAGACAAUCAGGAAAUGGUACUGAUCCAAAAUUUCCUCCAAAAUGACUUUUACUGGAUUGGUCUGAGAAACACUUCUGACUGGAGGUGGGAAGAUGGAUCAGCCCUAAAUACCUCAAAAAUUUCUUCAAACAGCUAUGUACAGAAGUGUGGUACCAUCAGCAAAGAUGGUCUCCUAGCCUCUAGCUGUGAAGUCCUUUGCCAUGGGUGUGUAAGAAGGACACGGACUGAAGCUUUUCCACCCUUGUUUUCCAAACACCUAAAGUAGCGCUUGCUUGUAUCAGUGAAUGUGACAUACAUGAAUGGAUAAAUAAAAAAAUAAGAGUUUUAAAAUUCU